UGUCACCUUUGAAAUAUUGGAUAGAAGGAAGAAGUAGAAGCUGAGGGCUGAUAGCUGAACAUAGUCGACAAAGAACUGAAACCACCUUAACUCUGAUAAUCAACAAACGCUGCCAUGAGUUCAACAGCAAACCAGAGCUCACAAGUCCCAGUGGGCUUCAACAAGAGGUCCAGAGUCCCUGGCGUUACGAUAACUCAGUUUGUUGACCCACUUCCUGCAGGAAAGUCAACACCUGAUUUUGCCCGGAAAACGAUGAAUGUGACUGCUCAAGAGGGUAAAAAGGCAGUUUUCAAAGCUAUGGUGAGUGGAGAGCCAGCACCAACUGUGACCUGGGGGCGUAAUAAAGGCGAAGUCGAAGACCCACAAAUAUACAAGAUCAAAUACGAUGAAAGAGCUCGAGAGCACAUUCUUGAGAUACACAAAGUGAAACCCAUCCAUGCUGACACUUACAAGUGCUUUGUUACCAAUGAGUACGGAAAGGCCGUCUCCACUGCCACUCUCACCGUUCUCACAGGUGGCAUGAAGAAGAACAACCAUGCAGCAAACGGACAGGCGCAGGACUUCAGAUCGAUGCUUAAGAAAACAGUUGUCACCAGAAAAAAGCAACUCCCACCAAAGAAAGAAGGAGAAAUUGAUCCUAAACUCUGGGAACUGCUUCUCAGUGCACCAAAGAAAGACUAUGAAAAAAUCUGUUUGGACUUUGGUGUUACUGACUUUCGCUGGAUGCUGAAGAGACUAAAUCAGAUGAAAAAGGAAAGGGAGGAAGAACAGGCAAAGGUUGUGGAGAAUCUGGACAAUGUGAAACAAAUUGAAGUAAAACCAAAUGGGAGAGCUGAAUUUGGCUUCGACAUGAAACUAUUGGAUCCUAACAGUGCCAUUCACUUAUAUAAGGAUGGGACAAUGGUCCCAUAUGGCUAUGAUGAAAAUUCGAAACCCUGUCUGAAGAAAGAAGGGACAAAGUAUGUUUUCACCAUGAAAGACCUUCAACCAGAAGAUGCGGGUUUUUACCAGGUUGAUGUUGAGGACGCAAAUGUUCUCACAACUGACUUUCAGGUCCCUAAUGUGGAGUUCACAACCAAGAUCAAGGAUGUGAAGGCCGUUGAAAGUGAGGACGCCAUCUUUGAGUGUGUCUUGUCAACGCCCCUCAACAGAAUCACUUGGUCAAAAGGCAACUCAUCACUUGAACAUGGGGACAAAUAUGAGAUCACCGUCUCAGAGGACAAACUAACUCACAUGUUAAGAGUAAAAGAUUGUGGAAUGGAUGAUACGGGAGCAUAUUAUGCCAUUGCUGGUAUUAAUUCCAGUAGUGCCUCUCUCACAGUGGAAGCUGAUCCAAAUCGUCGUAAAGGCAAAACUGGUGACCAAGACGGUCUCUCUAAAGCAGCACUGCAAAAAGAGAAAGAUGACUUGGAUACUAAGGGAGAUGGAAAAGAUGGUUCUGGUGAUGGAACUGAUGGAGACAAGAGUGAUGGAGAUGGAAAGAAUAAGAACCUCCUGGGAGAUGGAGAUGGAGAUGGAAAGAAGAAGAAGCGAUCACGAACUGGCCCUUUGGUUCCUGACACUGUCGUAGAUCGAGGUGUUCAGUUUGUCAGUGGGCUGUCAGAUACCGCUGCUAAUGUUGGAGAACGUGCAGAGUUGUCCUGUAAACUGAGCAGCGACACCUCAGAGGGACGCUGGUAUAAGAACGGGAAGCUGCUAACGAAUGGGGAUGGAGUCACGAUUAUCAAAGAUGGAGCCUGUCACAGACUGAUAAUCGACUGCUGCAAUAAAGACGAUGCUGCUGUAUAUCGCUUUGAAGCUGAAGGACGCAAAUCAGAAGCAACACUAAAUGUUGAAGACCCACCACACAUUGACCCUGAUGCUUUGGGAAAAUUCACAAAGCCAGUCAUAAUAAAGGCAGGUGAAAACGCUGAGUGGAAGCUGCCAUUCUCAGGUGGGGCACCAAUGACUAUACAGUGGUACAAGGAUGACGAAGAGCUGCAGCCUGGCCUCAAUGUGAAGAUCGACAUAUCGGAUACCGAGAGCCAACUGCGCCUCAUGAAGUGUCAAAGGAAAGAUUGUGGAGAGGUCAAAAUCAAAAUAAAAAAUGAAUAUGGUACAAGAGAGGCAAUUUCCAAACUGAUUGUACUGGAUAAGCCAACGCCCCCACAAGGCCCUGUGGACAUUAUGGAAAGUGCUGUAACAUCUGUGGAGUUCAAGUGGAAACCGCCAAAAGACAGCGGUGGAUGCCCAAUCACAAACUAUAUUAUAGAGCGCCAGCAAGUGGGGCGAAAUAAAUGGUCAAAUCUCGGUGAGAUCCCUGGCAGCAACCCAAGUUACAAAGAUUCAGAUGUGGACCCUGGAAGGAGAUACUGCUACCGGAUCAGAGCCAAGAAUGCAGAAGGCAUCAGUGAUUACCUGCAGACUGAGGACAUAGCAGCUGGUGUAUUACGUUAUCCUGGUGUACCGGCAGCACCCAAAGUGGUCAGCGCCUUUAAAGACUGUAUCAAUCUAUCAUGGUGUCCUCCAUGUGACACUGGAGGAACCAAAAUAGUGGGAUACAAUUUGGAAAAGAACAAGAAGGGCACUAAUUACUGGAGCCUUAUCAACCAAAAUGGGCCAAUUACAGACACAAAGUAUGCAGUGAAAGAUGUCUUUGAAGGAGCAGCGUAUGAAUUCCGAGUGUCUGCUAUUAACCUGUCUGGUACAGGAGAUCCCAGUAUUCCAUGUGACACAGUUAUUGCAAGAGAUCCAAUGAAACCCCCAGGCAAAGUCAUAGACUUGAAAUUAACAUCCUCCACUUACACCACAUUUUCGCUGGCUUGGACUAAACCUAAGGAGGUGCAGGGGGUGGAGGAUGAAGCCCAAGGCUACCAUGUGGAGAUCAGACCAAUAGAGAGCCUUGAAUGGACCCGCUGUAAUGCCAUCCCAAUUACUAUAACUUCCUACACUGUGCUUGGCUUGAAGGCCAUGGCCUCAUACUGGGUGAGAGUAAUUGCCACCAAUUACGGAGGUGAUGGAGAACCUCAAGGCUUUGACAAUUACAUCAUCGCCAUGCCCCCUCCUGUAAAGCCAAAGUUUACAGACCACAAAAUGAAGACCUUCGUGGUGGUGAAAUCUGGAAACACUGUUCGUCUCAACAUCAACUUCGAGGCCUCCCCACUGCCUGAGAUUUCUUGGGUAAAGGAUGGUAUUCCUGUGCCCAAACAUGUAACUAUCACCAACCAUGAUAAAGGUUCUCAGCUGUUGAUUCCCACAUCGGAGCGGUCGGACUCUGGCAUAUACACCAUCACUGUCAGGAACAUGGUUGGUCAGGAAAGCUUCAGUAUUGAAAUCAGAGUUACAGAUGAUCCGAGGCCUCCAGGCCCAGUGGAGCUGAAUCAGAACAUCCCAGGAACAGUGACUCUGUGCUGGGCUUCCUCUCCAGAUGAGAAGAGGGAUGACAGGCUGCACUACAUGGUGUCAAAGCGAGACUCUUUCAAACGCACAUGGAGGACAGUGGCAGACAACCUCUUUAACAAUAAGUUCACUGUUGUCAACAUCCUGCCGGGACGGGAGUAUUACUUCAGGGUGUUUGCGAAAAAUGACAUGGGUCUGUCACCUCCUUCUGAGUCCCCUGUGUUUGGAACCAAAAAAGAAAAAGGACAGUUUAAAGUAAACAUGCCAGAGAUGAAAUCCUUGGACUUUGAGGCCCCUCCGUCCUUCAUUGUUCCCCUGAAGAGGCGUACAGCUCCUCAGGGUUACGAGUGCUACAUGAGCUGUGCAGUUCGAGGCAACCCAGCUCCACGGGUGACGUGGUACCGCAACAACAUCAGCCUCAACACAAACACCAACUACCACAUCACAAACGUAUGUGGAGUGUGCUCCUUGCUCAUACUAAGAGUUGGACCCAGAGACAACGGAGAGUACAAGGUUGUCAUAGACAGUAAGCUGGGGACAGCAGAGUCAUCGAUGUCCCUGAAUGUCAGAGAGUGAAGAAGAGCUGAAGCUGCUGGACAGAAGCUGAACUGACCGGUGUCUAACUUUGUUUAACAAAAUUUCGUGACAGCUUGUACCGAUAUAGAUUUUUACUCUAUUUCCUAUUAAAGCGAUGCACCAGUAUUUACCCUUAGCCUAAAAUCAUGCUUUUAAGCACACAAGGCAUUUACUAUGAUGCUUCCAUCCACUGAAGAUCUGUGCAACCAUCAUUGAAACUGGACAGCUACAUUACAGGAAAGAUUUGGUAUUUUUAAAUAGUAGUUAUUGCACAAGUAGCUUUAUAUAGUGUUUUGGUUCGGGAAAGUUCCUGAUAAGUGAAAAAAACACAACGCAAGAGAGAUUUUGUGAAUGCUUUGCUAUCACACAAAGAGGGCGCUGUUACUGUUUGUGGCACUUUGCAUUAAAUUAAUAAAAGACAGACUUUGG